CUCGCUCAUCCUCACAGACCAUCCACCAUGAUUGCCUCUAUAGUUCGAAGUCGUGGUUUAGGAGCGGCAAGUUUGUAUCUGAGGUUCUCGUCCACGGCCUUGAAUCGGUCGUUUCUGGCCCAUCGCUACAAAUCUACGACUUCGUCGUCUUCGCCCGCUCCGAAACGGCCUCCACCUGCCGAAAAAGCUGCUAGUUUAUUAAACAAACUGCCGUCAACUUCUCUGCUCACAAAAAGCGGUUUCUUGACGGUUACCGCUGCUGGUUUGGCAGCUGCGAUUUCACGCGAUAUCUACAUUGUCAACGAGGAGUCUGUUGUUGCUGCCGCCUUCGUUGGUGUCCUUCUCGUCCUCGGAACGCUUGGUCGCAAGGCUUUCAGCCAAGGUGCCCAGCAAGCUGCUGAACGAGUGACGAAGGUGUUGCAGGACGCACGCGAGAACCACGUGGAUAUUGUACGUCAUAGGAUCGACCAAGUUGCCUCGCUUCAAGAUGCGGAGGAGGUAACAAAACUGCUUUACGAUACGGCUCGUGACCUCGCUAAAACGGAAGCCGAAGUCUUUGCAUUGCAGCAACAAGUGGCCGUUGUCCAAGAAGCUCGUUCAGUGCUGGACAGCUGGGUUCAUUACGAGGCGGCCGUUCGUGCAGCAGAGCAGCAGCAAAUUGUCAAAGAUGUGAUUCGUCGCGCUACAACUAGACUUCAAAAUCCUCGUGUGCAGGCUGCUGUGAUGGAAGAAAGCUUAACAAGCAUUGAGGAUUUGCUCAAAAAGCAUCCAAAAGCAGGCGCUCAAAGCUAAAGCGGAAUGUCUUCAAUCACACGUGUGUCUGUCUUCUAAUGUUCCUUUUCUUCAUUCCUGCCUGCCGGAUUUUCUUAACGACGUAAUGAAUUGCAGUUUCUGUUCUAUUUGCGUGUUGUAGGAUCAAGCUGUUCCAGCAGCUUCAUUGUUUCCUCAUAAAAGAACAUUGUAAUUGCACUGUGGGGUUAGCGUUCGCUUAAGCAAGCACGUGCGAAAAUGCGACGCGAGUACAAGAAGACGAGCAAAAAUAACUCCUUCGUAGUCUCGUUCGCAUUCACAUUGACAUACCUUCCUGGGGCCACCUUUGUCAAACUCAUGGCAAGUCCUCGGUAAAGACCGCGGAUUCCGUCUGCACGCAGGAUUCCCCGAAGACAUUGCCAUGUGUUGUGGUAGAUAUUGCUGUGGGCUUGGAGAUUCCGCUUCAGGGUGUCAGCCGGAAACGUUAGUGUCUUUGAAGUAGCUCCGGCAAUGAUACCACACAAAAAUGAACGCGGUCCCGUGUCGAGUCGAGAGAGCGUGUCAUCACAAAAACGAUAUGUCGUGAAAAAACAGCCAAUGUACGGUGCAAUUUGCACUACUGAGACGCCUAGGCCGGGGUAAAAGUCGGCAAUGCCCCGCGUCUUUAAUGUGUGGAGAACCGUACGUAGGAUGUGGGGUCGAUGUGUUUGGGCUGCGAAACGAGUCCGCAUCGUAUCGAACGGAUACGAGACCGCUGUCGCAAAACUGCCGGCGAGUGCUCCACACAUAAAGUCCAUGAGUCGCGGGUGCACCUUGGUAGCAUGAUCUAGGGACAAACGUUUCGUUUGUGAAAAUGCAAAAAACUCGCAACUACCGUAUGCCAGAUACAAAAACUCGGCUGAAAGAUUUCCCCUCCAGAAACCUAGUAAACCUUCCCCGCGUAACGUGCGCAAAAAGGUUGUACGAAGCGAGUCUUGCGUCACUUGCAUACGAAUUUUCAUGACGUCAAGGGGAGCGACAAAAAGCCUAAUUUCUUGAUUAGCAAAACCGUUCAUGAUGAG